GCUUGUGACAGGUCCUAGAUAAGCAUCUCAACCUUCACACCUUUGAGGCCUUUUUAAGCAGCUCUUGAGCUCGUGAGAUGACGUCCCCCUCUGGUCCUUGGGCCACUUUGCCGCUGAUAAGCACAGUCUUGUCGCGGGAUUUUAGACCGUGGGUGAUUGUCACGUCCGACUUGGCAAGUCCGAGAGCCUGCAUUUAAAAGAAAAGCAAGCAAUCAGCCACGCACCCCUUUUUUUCGUCUUGUCCGAGAGGCAAAUGAUCCUCAAAGACCUUCCGUAUCGAUCGUUACAGUACCUUGCUCAAAACAAUGACCACAGCCUUGUUUGCCUCUCCUUCACGUGCCUGGGCGGACACGCAUAGCUCGACAGCAUCGUCAGUUACGGCAGCCACUCCCUCGCGCGCUUUGCUGGCUCCGGGUUUUACGUGGCAUUUUAGCAGGAGGGCGGCUAGCGGCGACUUUUUAGUUGCUGCUACAUAUCGGAUUGAGCCCAGCUGCGACAUUUUUUUGGUUUAUUUUUGAACUCAUUGAUUCGAAUUUUGAUGCUUCCAUUGAGGUGAAGUUAAAACGUUGUCGAGAACCACAACCAAGCAAGCAGUUCCAGGCUUGCAGGGUACGACCGACCACUCAACCAUGCUUGUAACCCAAACCCUCAGGAUACAAACCCCAAGUAUUUUCUCUUCAGUCCGAAAACUCCCUCUUUUUGCAAACCGCGAUCAAACAACCCAUCUACGACAACCAAAAAAGAGGUGCUCCCCAUCUCCAUUUUUUAUUCAAAAUGGCGCAACUCGCCUCUAGCGCUGCUACUGGCAUACGCGUGGAUGCAGUCUCAUUUGGCCCCAAGCCAAGGUUGCCAAACACACUCAAGCAUUCGGCCGUUCAGAGCUUGUUUCGUUGACUACCGCCCCUCUUUCUCCCGAUUAGGAAGCUUCCUAUGGACCCCUAUGUCUUCCGAAAAAGAUAAACAUGCAGCUUUCUGAUAUGAGUUUAUUUUUCCCGUGUAAUUAGGACGUAGCAUACGUUGCCGGCGAUAAAGGAUCGCCUCGCAAGUGCGGGGAAACAAGACGUAACAGUUGCAGUUGCGGUUGCAGAACCACCCGCCAACCAUGCACAUUUCCGACUCUGAUGUUACUGGUGUUGGACUGCGGCUUCUUUCGGUCACAAUGCCGUCGCAGCUGCAGAUAACAGGAAGCAUCCCGCUCCUCGAGUUGGGGUCAUGGUUCUAUCUCCAGUUACUCGUGGCUGCCCUUGGCUUGACCGGAGGCUCCUGUUCCAUGCCAUUUUCGUUUUUACCCAGUCCAAUUAUCCCAAAGUUCUCCUCAAGUAUAGUCUUUAAAAGCCAUCGUUAUGGCUGUCGUCCCUGAAGGUGGGCCAGAUGGCAUUACUCCAACUGAGAUCGUUGCGAACAACCCUCUCGAGAAGACAAGCUCAAGUGAUCCAGCUAUUCACGAUUUUGAAAAGGGACAGCACAAACAAGCUACUUCCAAAGAAGAAAACGACAAGUCGGAGACAGGAGAUGGCAUCGAGGUUGCAUCUCAGCAUGAUUCCGUCUUGCAGGAUGCUGCCAAAAUAUACGUGCCCGCUGAUGACGAGGAGUUUAUCGAUCCGCGCCUCAAAGACUAUCCAGUCAAGCUUGUCGCCAAAACAGUCGAUCUACACAAUGAUUUCGACGAGCCAAUCUUGACCUUUCGCUUCUGGAUCUUGUCUACAUUCUGGGUUGUGUGCGGCUGUGGCAUCUCGAGUAUGUACUACUUCAAGCCCUACUCGGCCAUUCUCACCAGCUACGCCGUCCAACUACUCUCCUGGGGCAUGGGGGAUGCCAUGGCCAAGUACCUCCCGAAUUGGGGCUUCACCGUGCGCGGUAAGCGAUAUAGCCUCAACCCAGGUCCCUGGAAUGCCAAAGAGCAUGGCUUGAUAGUCGUGGCAUAUUGGGGCAGUUGUUAUACUGCCUGGGGCCUUGGUCCCCUAUCUGCGCUGGAGAUGCACUACGGCCGUAGGAUACAUGCUGGUUGGGGUAUCAUGUUUCUCCUAACAACCCAGAUGAUUGGAUACGGUCUGGCCGGCAUCUUUCGCGAUAUUCUCGUCCGCCCUCCAAAGCUGUUUUAUCCAUCUACCCUUCCGAACGUGGCUCUAUUCGAUGCCAUGCACAAGAACCCAUCUGUCACGACAAAGUCACUCAAGUUCUUUACAUAUGUGGCCGUUGCUACCUUUGUCUGGCAAUGGGUACCUGGGGUCAUGUUCCCGAUGCUUGGCUCUCUUCCAUUGCUUUGCUAUAUGGCACAUGGUCAGUGGAAGGGAUGGGCCAUGGGGUCAGGCUAUUAUGGCUUUGGCAUGUUGGACAUCACACUUGAUUGGAACUAUGCUGGCUUCUUUUUGCCUCUUUACACACCACUAUGGUCUACCGCCUCACAGGUCCUUGGCGCUGUCCUGACAUGCUGGUUCAUCUACCCCAUCAUGUACUUUGGCAACUCCCUCCAUGCCUUGAACUACCCGCCCAUGUCAUCAGGAACCUUUGAUACCACCGGCGCCCGGUAUAACGUUAGCCGCGUCUUAAACAGCGACUACACGCUCGACCAGGCCGCCAUGGACGCCUACUCAGAGCCCCGCUGGUCACCAUCUUACGCCAUGUAUUUCUUCUGGGGCUUCGCCGCCUCGACCGGCGCCCUCCUUUACGCGGUGCUCUGGUACGGCAAGGAAUCCUACAUCGCCGUUAUGGAUUCAUGGAAGGGCCGGGACAACGACUACAAUGACCCCUACCUCCGCCUCAUGAGCCGCUGCCCGAGGGUGCCGCACUGGUGGUACCUGACGUUGCUGGCCGUGUGCUUCGCCCUAUCCCUGGGCACCAUAUACGGCGCCGGGCUGGGUCUCCCAUGGUGGGGGUUCGUUCUGAUCGUCGUAGUCUCGACCAUCUGCACGUUCCCCAACGGUAUCCUAUGGGGUGUGGCCAACAUCCAGGUCGGCAUGGCUUUUCUUUCCGAGCUCCUCGCCGGAGCCAUGUUUCCGGGUAAUCCUAGCGCAGUCCUGACGUGUAUGGUGUACGGGAGGCAGAUUCUUUCGCAGAACCUCAACCUCAUCUCCGACUACAAGUUCGGCUUCUACAUGAAAAUCCCCGAGAAGGAAAUGUUCAUCGGCCAGGUGUGGGGCACCCUCUUGGGGCCAUUUAUCAACUACGGAGUCAUGCGUGUCAUCAUCGACGAGAUCGGCGUCGACGUUCUCACCGGUGUGGUCAAGUCCGAAUCCUGGCUUGCUCUGAAGACGCGCAACUUUUAUAGUCUGUCCGUCCUCUGGGGUAUAUUGGGCCCCAAGGUGUUCUUCUCCAGCGGAUCCGACUAUGCCUGGAUCUACUGGGCUUUCUUGAUCGGCCCGGCCCUGGUGCUCAUGGUCUACAUUGUCCACCGCUGGCGCCCGUCAUGGGACAUGGAAAAGAUGUGCAAUCCCGUCGUAAUAAUGCAUGGUGCGACCUGGUUCCCCGUCUACCAGACCACGAACCUCAUGACCUCGGCCCUCGUUGCUUUUUUCUUCAUGGGCUACAUGCUCCGCUACCGACCAGUCUGGUUCCGCAAGUACAACUACCUUCUGGGUGUCGGCCUCGACUGCGGUACCCAGCUCUGCCAAACCGUCAUUAUGUUAGGGCUCGAUCUAUCCGGCUCUAAAUUCCCAAAUUGGUGGGGCAAGGAUCUCGAAUACGUAGAACGCUGCUUCCCGCCGGCUGACCUACCCGCUAAUGCCCUCAACUAGGUAUAUAAAGCAAACCGGCAGCUGAAGUGGAAAAUGGUAACCUUGCUCGCAAACUUUCCGUGUGUGUGUUGAAGUUAACAUAUAUCCUAUGAAACAAAUAUCUCAAAUCGUAAAUUAUUUAUUAUACACACACGUCAAGCCAGGAAUUUGAUCUUUUGCCCGUUUUUGUUUGUGUCACUUCUGUACAGCUGUACACAAUCUGUCAAAGCUGUAGAAAUCCCAGGAAGCAUGAGCCCAGACGACAAGAUCUAUUCGCGUCGAACUGUCAACUGUGAGGCAGUACGCCUAACUGACACAAACACGCAGCCAGCACCAAAGUUUCUGCAAAGGAUAAUUAUUUGCCAAAACAAUCUAUUCUUAUUGUUAAUUAC